AUGACGAACUUGGGCGGGCAUUCAAAGAAGCACAAGGUGACCAUUGUGGGAUCCGGCAAUUGGGGCUCAACGAUUGCCAAAAUCGUUGCCGAAAACACCCGCGCAAACAAAGACGUCUUCGAGGAAGAGGUCCAGAUGUGGGUCUAUGAGGAAGACGUGACCAUCUCCAAAGACUCCAAGUACUAUGACGAAACGAUUGGCGACAAGCCUCAGAAGCUCACCGAGGUGAUCAACAAGCAUCACGAGAACGUCAAGUAUUUGCCAGGCAUCGCCCUGCCUCCCAACAUUGUCGCCAACCCUGACAUUCGCGCCGCCGUCAAGGACUCCACCAUUCUCGUCUUCAACUUGCCCCACCAGUUUAUUGCAAAUGUUUGCAAGCAGAUCAAUGGGCAUAUCCUACCCUUCGCCCGUGGUAUCAGCUGUAUCAAGGGUGUCAACGUCACCGAUGACGGUGUGAGCCUGUUUAGCGAGUGGAUUGGUGAUGGCCUUGGCAUCUACUGCGGCGCGCUCAGUGGUGCCAACUUGGCCCGUGAGAUUGCCGAGGAGAAGUGGUCGGAAACGACCAUUGCUUAUGACCCCCCGGCUUUGGACAAUAGCAGAGCUCCAUCGCCGCGAGAUGGAAGCCCCAACCCUACAAUUGGCGAGCUUCCUGAGAUCCGCCACAAGGAUGUCCGUGGCCGAACCUCCAAGACCAAGCUGACCGCUAUGCCCGCCGAUUACCCUCCUCUGGACCAGGACUGCUUCCGCACCCUGUUCCACCGACAUUAUUUCCAUGUUCAGAUGGUUUCUGACGUUGCGGGUGUGUCAUUGAGUGGUGCGUUGAAGAACGUCGUCGCUCUCGCAGCCGGUUUCGUUGAUGGUCGUGGCUGGGGUGACAAUGCCAAGGCUGCCAUCAUGCGUGUUGGUCUCAUGGAGAUGGUCAAGUUCGGCAAGGAAUUCUUUGGCGAGACUGUGCACACUGCUACCUUUACAGAGUCAUCGGCUGGUGUUGCUGAUCUGAUUACCUCCUGCUCUGGUGGUCGUAACUUCCGCUGUGCCAAGAAGUCCGUGGAGAAGGGUAUCUCGGUGCAAGAAGUCGAGCAGCAAGAACUCAAUGGACAGAAGAUCCAGGGUACCACGACGGCAGAGGAGGUCAACAGCUUUUUGAAGGCGAGAGGACUGGAGUCAGAGUACCCCCUGUUCACCGCAGUACACGCCAUCUUGAAUGGCCAGGCCAAGGUGGAUGAUAUUCCCAACCUUGUUCAAGACUCUUGA